AUGGUCAAGCUAGACGUGCGAAGAGACUAUUAUGCCGACCUGGGUCUCUCGCAUAGUGCAGAUUCCGAGGAUAUCAAAAAGCAAUUUAGGAAAUUAGCUCUUAAGUAUCAUCCGGAUCGGAACCCAGGCAGAGAGGUGGAAUCCAACGCAAAGUUCCAGGCGAUUCAAGCGGCACACGAGAUCCUGAUUGAUCCACACCAGCGGUUGAAAUACGAUACCGAUCGACUUCGAAAUGGUUUCUAUGGGCCUACCAGACCGACUGCUGCUCGAAAAGACCCGACGGCGGGCUUCCCCUCCGCCAAACCGAAUACAAAGGCGCCCUUCUCCGAACGUCCAAAGUCCUUCCACCAUGGCCCUUCCUCGGGUGCUCAGCGAUAUGCUAGUUACGCACGGGCUGCACCGAAGCAGCCGUGGGAGAAGAUGCGCGACGAAACGCAAACCCGCGCGGAUGCAUUCCGAGGAUUCCAGGAGAUGAAAGGAAAUGGCAUGCCCGGAUGGUCCUCUUUUGAUCCUCGCACCGGACGAUCAGGACAGCCUGGGGCGGCUCCCAGACCGACUGGCACAGCAAACGGAUCCGCGAGACCGAAAUCCGCAUACGAGAAAAUGUACACGGGCACGAAACCUACGGCCGCCGAGUCUGCUCAUGCUCAAUCACAAUUUUCAAAGAAGAAGCAAGGCUUUGCCCCAAGAGCUGCAGGUGGUGAUGAACCGAUGGCCGCAAACACGGCUUCUUAUAGGAAUGCCUCCCGAUUUGAUCGUUUCGGUGCGGCGCCUUCUCCGACUGCGAGGAAACCUGCGGCUGGGUUCCCUAACGGUACAGAAAAUAAUAUGGGUACUCCGGAAUAUGAGCGGACAAGGAGCGCGUACGCCACCACUGGAGGCGAAAAGACUUUCUUCUCUAGUUCUAUGCUUGGACGCUCCGACAGCGCGCGUGCCUCCCCUAAGAAUCCCAACUCGCGUCCGCACACGAACCCGCCGAGCCCCGACCCGCAAGAGAAUGGGCGACACCGAAGCGCAAGCCCAGAUAAGACGCGGAAUUAUGAUUCGACCAGUUCUAGUGACCUCAGCGAGGACGAGGUUAAGUUCAAGCCCAAGGCAGUACCUAAGAGUAGACUUCGACAGCAACAUAAAUUUUCCAACUUUCAUAGCACCAACGGAUGGUUUGGAGCCGCGGCCCACGAUUCUGACUCUGCGACCAAGCAGUUCCCUCAGAACGGAACCUUCAAGAGCAAUAGCCACGAUGACUUACGAAAGUCUAGUCGCAGAGAGCCAUUUGGUUACUCUCAAGAUACGGCGAAUUCCAAUUACCGUGGACGCCCAUCAACAAGAAACAGCCCGCCGGCCGCCUCAGAUAGCACCCCUAAACGCGAGUCGUCCAACCCGGAAUCAGCCUCUCAGCAGCAAGCACCUUUUUCAUCUGAAAACUUCUUAAGUGCUGACUGGACGGCGGCUUUCCAGUUCAAGAACUUUUCAGAUGCUCUGCCGACUAGCGAUAAUGCCCAACGGCAGCCAAAUUCCCAGCGCACCCGAAGCCCUCGAAAGCAAACCAGACCACCUAACAGGGUACGGCCUACUCCGCCACAAGCCAGCGUGGCAACGGAAGCUGAGGAAGCUGAGUCAACUGUCGGAGGACGCGAAAGCCAGGCACCUGAUGUGGGUGGGGAAGCCAUGGACCUUGACGAUGAAACUCCAGCCAAAACCGCUGAGCCAUCACCAGCGCCUCAGAGGCCGAAUAGCAGCAGAGAGAAGACAGCACCACCCCCGUCAAAACCCCGGCCAAACUCAAAGUCUAAUGGGAACAAGGAAACUUCAGGAAAUCCUCUAAACAUGAACAUUUUGGGCGGUGUAUUCCCUUUCACCUCCACGAAUAGCGGUGGUCUGGAAGAUCUGAAGGAUAUAUCGUCCACUCUCCCGUUUGACUCACAGCCCAAGGCACCAAAGACAACUGUGGACGACACACAUCCUCGCAAGUUGAUCUGCCCUAAUCCUCCCAAGCGCCCUGAACCUCCACAGCCUGUCCCGGUAAGUGCUGGUUCAAAACAACUGGCGAUACCGCGAAUGGCAUUAGAUCGGUAUAUUGCCGAAAUAAACACUUACGUCCGCGAGUGGGAAACGUUUGACGGCCGGAUGGUCGGCCAUUUUCUCUCCCGCCACAAGAGCAAUCUAACUGAGAUGGCCCCCAACUGGCUCGGUGCGAUUGGAGACUCGACACGCCUAGGUGAUGAUGACGCAGGGAAGAAUUCCGGCGAUGACAGCGAUGACGAUGCGGGACCUACACCCCGACGAGGCUUCACGUCGUACAAGAACGCACUGGUGCAGGAUGAGAAGGUGAUGAAGCAUUGGGAGGUUGCGCGCGAGAGACACCUAGAGUGUAUGCUGAAGUACGGACAGAUGAGGGAAUGGGUUCGUGCUGGGGGCAAGAUACUCUAG